CCCGCCACCGCCACCGCCGCCGCCGCCGCCGCCACCGCGGCCGCCCCUGCCACCCCAGGACCGCGGCCCGCCGCCGAGGGGAGCAGGGGAGGAGAGAAGGGCGGCCCCGGGGGCCAGCGGCCGGGCUGGCUCCGGCUCACCGCCUCGGGCAGCGUUCACCUGCCCCAGCCAACACCCUUCUUUCUCCCCAGGUCCUUCUCAGCCUCCAGCUGGACUCUCCCCGCGCUGGGCUGAGCCUCCUCUCCUCUGCCCCCCAUUGCCGCCCAGGACACCCACCAUGGGGAUACCCACCAGGAGGAAGUCACACCUGCUGCUGCUGGUCGCUGUGGUCCUUGUCUCCUCUCCAGCUCAGAGUUCAGCCCGGGGAUCCCCGGCCACCUUUGGGCCAGUCUUUGAAGAUCAGCCCCUCGGUCUGCUAUUCCCAGAGGAGUCCACGGAGGAGAAGGUGACGCUGGCUUGCCGGGCCCGGGCCAGCCCUCCAGCCACCUAUAGGUGGAAGAUGAACGGCACCGAGAUGAAGCUGGAGCCAGACUCCCGCCACCAGCUGGUGGGGGGUAACCUGGUCAUCAUGAACCCCACCAAGGCCCAGGACGCCGGCGUCUACCAGUGCCUAGCCUCCAACGCAGUGGGCACCGUCGUCAGCAGGGAGGCUGUUCUCCGCUUCGGCUUUCUGCAGGAGUUCUCGAAGGAGGAGCGAGACCCGGUGAAAACCCACGAAGGCUGGGGGGUGAUGCUGCCCUGUAACCCGCCCGCGCACUACCCAGGCCUGUCCUACCGCUGGCUCCUCAAUGAGUUCCCCAACUUCAUCCCGACGGACGGGCGUCACUUCGUGUCCCAGACCACGGGGAACCUGUACAUCGCCCGGACCAAUGCCUCAGACCUGGGCAACUACUCCUGCCUGGCCACCAGCCACAUGGACUUCUCCACCAAGAGUGUCUUCAGCAAGUUCGCUCAGCUCAACCUGGCUGCUGAAGAUACCAGGCUCUUCGCACCCAGCAUCAAGGCUCGGUUCCCAGCAGAGACCUAUGCGCUGGUAGGGCAGCAGGUCACCCUGGAGUGCUUCGCCUUCGGGAACCCCGUCCCCCAGAUCAAGUGGCGCAAAGUGGACGGCUCCUUGUCCCCCCAGUGGGCCACCGCUGAGCCCACCCUGCAGAUCCCCAGCGUCAGCUUCGAGGACGAAGGCACCUAUGAGUGUGAGGCGGAGAACUCCAAGGGCCGCGACACCGUCCAGGGCCGCAUCAUCGUGCAGGCUCAGCCCGAGUGGCUGAAGGUGAUCUCAGACAUGGAGGCUGACAUAGGUUCCAACCUGCGUUGGGGCUGUGCAGCGGCCGGCAAACCCCGGCCCACGGUGCGCUGGCUGCGGAACGGGGAGCCUCUGGCCUCCCAGUCCCGUGUCGAGGUGCUGGCUGGGGACCUGCGCUUCUCCAAGCUGAGCCUGGAGGACUCGGGCAUGUACCAGUGUGUGGCAGAGAACAAGCACGGCACCAUCUAUGCCAGUGCCGAGCUGGCUGUGCAAGCCCUGGCCCCCGACUUCAGGCUGAACCCUGUAAAGCGUCUGAUCCCUGCAGCCCGCGGGGGAGAGAUUGCUAUCCCCUGUCAGCCCCGGGCGGCUCCGAAGGCCGUGGUACUCUGGAGCAAAGGCACUGAGAUUUUGGUCAACAGCAGCAGAGUGACUGUAACUCCGGAAGGCACCUUGAUCAUAAGAAACAUCAGUCGGUCAGAUGAAGGCAAAUACACCUGCUUUGCUGAGAACUUCAUGGGGAAAGCCAACAGCACGGGCAUCCUAUCUGUGCGAGAUGCAACCAAGAUCACUCUAGCCCCCUCGAGUGCGGACAUCAACUUGGGAGAUAGCCUGACCCUGCAAUGCCACGCCUCCCAUGACCCCACCAUGGAUCUCACCUUCAUCUGGACCCUGGAUGACUUCCCCAUAGACCUUGAUAAGCCUGGGGGUCACUACCGGAGAGCCAGCACGAAGGAGACAGUUGGGGAUCUGACCAUCCUGAAUGCGCAGCUGCGUCACGGCGGGAAGUACACGUGCAUGGCCCAAACGGUGGUGGACAGUGCGUCCAAGGAGGCCACAGUCCUGGUCCGAGGUCCACCAGGUCCCCCAGGAGGCGUGGUGGUGAGGAACAUUGGCGACACCACCGUCCAGCUCAGCUGGAGCCGAGGUUUCGACAACCACAGCCCCAUUGCCAAGUACACCCUGCAAGCCCGCACUCCACCUGCAGGGAAGUGGAAGCAGGUUCGCACCAAUCCCGCCAACAUCGAGGGCAACGCCGAGACCGCCCAGGUGCUGGGCCUCACACCCUGGAUGGACUAUGAGUUCCGGGUCUUAGCCAGCAACAUCCUGGGCACCGGGGAGCCCAGUGGGCCCUCUAGCAAAAUCCGGACCAAGGAAGCAGCCCCCUCGGUGGCACCCUCAGGACUCAGCGGAGGGGGUGGAGCCCCCGGAGAGCUCAUCGUCAACUGGACGCCCAUGUCGCGGGAGUACCAGAACGGAGACGGCUUCGGCUACCUGCUGUCCUUCCGCAGGCAGGGCAGCGACCGCUGGCAAACCGCCCGGGUGCCCGGCGCCCACACCCAGCACUUCGUCUACAGCAACGACAGCGUCCGGCCCUACACGCCCUUCGAGGUCAAGAUCCGCAGCUACAACCGCCGCGGGGAAGGGCCCGAGAGCCUCCUGGCGCUGGUGUACUCCGCCGAGGAAGAGCCCAGGGUGGCCCCUACCAAGGUCUGGGCCAAGGGGGUGUCAUCUUCAGAGAUGAACGUGACCUGGGAACCGGUGCAGCAGGACAUGAAUGGCAUCCUCUUGGGGUAUGAGCUCCGCUACUGGAAGGCUGGCGACAAAGAAGCAGCCGCUGACCGAGUGAGGACAGCCGGGCUGGACACCAGUGCCCUAGUCACUGGCCUGCACCCCAACACCAAGUACCACGUGACCGUGCGGGCCUACAACCGGGCAGGCACUGGGCCCGCCAGUCCUUCUGCCGAUGCCACCACCAUGAAGCCCCCCCCACAGCGCCCUCCUGGCAACAUCUCCUGGACUUUCUCAAGCUCCAGUCUUAGUAUCAAGUGGGAUCCUGUGGUUCCUCUCCGUAAUGAGUCUGCAGUCACAGGCUAUAAGAUGCUGUACCAGAAUGACUUACACCCGACUCCCACGCUCCACCUCACCAGCAGGAACUGGAUAGACAUUGCCGUUCCGGAAGACAUCGGCCAUGCCCUGGUGCAGAUUCGGACCACAGGACCUGGAGGGGACGGGACCCCAGCAGAAGUCCACAUUGUGAGGAAUGGAGGCACAAGCAUGAUGGUGGAGAACUCUGCAAUCAGCCCGGCCCCACAUCCUGGCACCAUUCUCUCCUCAUUGGUGGCAAUGCUGGUCCUCGAAGGCUACCUGGAGCUCUGAUCUUGGCAUCCCUCCCUCUCUGCCACAGCCGGACCCCCGCCUCUGAUGGACACAGCCAGCUGGCCCUGGCCCCUUCCUGAUGCCAAGGUGGCCCAACACUGGGCCUGAGAAUGGCUGGCUUUCAGUACCUAUCUUAAACAGUGCCCUUUUUUGUAGGAGGUAGGAUAUUUCAUAUUCUGCCACAGGAUAGAACCCGUGCAAGGAUUUUUUUUUUUUUCUUUAAAUCAAAAGACACCAGGCAGUAACUUCCAUGAUGAUACUGAACCCUAUGCCUGGGCCCUCUCGGGCGCCUGGACGGAAGGAACAGGCCCAUGGGAAGAAGGGGGUUUGAAACACGUAUCGGCACAUCGGGGGAGAUGGCGCUCUGGUCCUGCAGACGCACUCCACCCCCUUGGAGCAGAGUGCCUGGCCCAGUGGGAACACUGGACACCAAUGGGCUGCAGUAGGAUGAAGCAUAAACAUCAACGUCCCUCAGUCUAAGGAUAGAGCCAGACCCAGGACCAAGAACUCCCCUACUUUCCCCAGGGGCCACAGAGCUGGCCCCUGAUAUUAUCCUUGAUGCCCCCUAGAGGCCCCUGCCACCUACCCAGGUGGCUGAAAACCAGUGCGCCAGAGUCCGAGGCCAGGAGCCUGAGUCCCUGCAGCUUUGGUGGAUGAUACUCCAGACUGCCGAGGGUGGGAGCUCAAAGGGGUUGAGAGGCUGGGACACCGGGUAGAAAGGGGCACCAGACUUGGCCUGAGGCACGGUCCCAAGGCAGGUGACGCUGCUGUCUUAGCCAACACUGCCAAUCUGACCCUGUCACCCCCAGAGUGACAGAAGCCACCACCAGUGGCUGAGUGACUAAAGGGCUCAUCUUGGGGAGGUCCCCCACCCCACCAAGACCCAUCCUGCACGGCUCCUCCAGGGUGUGGGCAGGAGACAGGAGACCGGGCUCAUGUGCCCACCCCCUGCCUCCCGCUCUGCCUGCAGGCCCCGGGCCGCGGCUCUCCGGCACCGACUCUCGCAAGCCUGGGGACAGGGAGGCGGCCUCAGUUCUGUGCGUUCUGCAGUCGGGAGUCUUCCGAGAAGGGCCAGGGAUACCUGUGGCCCUGCCUGCUCCCAGGAAUGCCCUGGGCCACCGAGCCAGACCUGUCGCCCAGGCCACCUCCGACUGCUCUUUUGCAUUUCCCCAGGAGAAAAAGGCAUUAAUAAAUCAUGCGCUCUGGGUACAUUCCCAGUCACGGGACAA